UCGAAGUGCGAAGUUCUCUGCGCUCGGAGUUAACUCUGCGAUUUUCGUUGUUUUCAUUCAACUGUGUUAAUAAAGUCGUAAUAUUUGGUAACCAUGUCACUCAUUCCUUACGUAUUCGCUGACUGGCCAUACCGUCCUAGCCGUCUUCUUGACCAGGACUUCGGUUUGGCGCUGACGCCUGACGAUAUGCUAACGGCCGUCGCUGCUCCAUUAGUGUCGCGGGACUACUUCCGUCCUUGGAGGCAGUUAGCCGCUGCUGCAAGGGACGUCGGAUCCAGCAUUAAAGCGGACAAGGACAAAUUCCAGGUCAACCUUGACGUUCAGCAUUUCUCACCUGAAGAAAUCUCUGUGAAGACCACCGACGGCUACAUCAUAGUUGAAGGCAAGCAUGAAGAGAAGAAAGACGAGCAUGGAUACAUUUCCAGGCAGUUCGUAAGGAGAUACGCUUUACCUGAUGGCUGUAGGGCGGAUGCUGUGGAAUCUCGCUUAUCUUCUGACGGUGUUCUGACUAUCACAGCGCCUCGUCAACCAGCCAUCUCGAAGAACGAAAGAUCUGUCCCCAUUCAACACACCGGCCCCGUAAAAAAGGAAAUCAAAGAUGCGUCCAAUCAAGAAAUUAAAGAAAAGUAAAUUAAUAUUAUAUAAUUUCAUUGUAUGA